UGAUCCCCCCACGUGGCCAGAUGGGCGACAUCACUGCUAGCCGUGCUGGACCUGUAGUGCCAAGGCAGCCCAAGAGGGCGAGUGCUGAUGGCGGGUGGAGCACCCCGGCUGGGACCAAGGCCGACGAUACUUGGAAUACGGCCGACUUCGCCUCGUUGGAUACGGCAGCGGCACAAGUCCAGUCCAGCCCGGGGAAUCCUUUCGCACAGCAAAGACCUAUAACGGCUCCUCCUCCUUCUCCUAGCGCGCAGAGGCCUGUCACACCCACGCCUAUGCAGGGGGGUGUGGCGGCUUAUAGCACUGCUGCCGCUACAUCGUCAGCCAUGGCGCGCCACGCUGCCAGUGGAACUCGACAACAUCCGGCUCAAGGAGGUUACCAGACUGUUGCCCAGACUCAGCAGCAGCAGCAGGCCAACCCACAGCAGCAGCACCGACAACCCCGGCAGCAUCAGCAGCAACCCUAUUAUGUUUACCAGGGCCCCCCUCCGAACUCGGUGCCGGCAUCAUUCAUAGGAGGUCGUACUCAGCUCCAGCCUGGUGUAGUGCCUCAAAGAUACCCCAGUGCUAUUCCUCAAGCCCCACAGCCGCAAGGAUAUCCUCAUACCGGUGGAUACAAUACACCUUAUCAGCGUCCGGGAACCGCCGGGGGGCAAUACCAACAGGCAGCAGCAGCACAGCAUGCUCAGUCCCAGCAGCCAGAGCAUCCGGCAGUAGCAGCACAGCGAGGCCAGUACCAGCAACAGCCGGCAGUAGCAGCACAGCGGGGCCAGUACCAGCAACAGCAGCCGCCAGUAGCAGCACAGCGAGGCCAGUACCAGCAACAGCAGCCGGCAGUAGCAGCUCCUCAAGGGCGUCCUGCGCCUCGUACGCCGCCGAGCAAUAGUGUGCCGCUCGGUCGCCUGGGGGACUACAGUUCUUCGGCAGCUAGAAUGGCAUCAGCCGGUGGAACGGUAUAUAAUGCCCCUCCUUCUCCUCCAGCUGUUGGGACCUCUUACGGACGACCAGUGCAGUAUGCGGCAGGCUCACCGCAGCCUCAGCGGGCGCCACAGCUCCCACCUAAGCCUAACGACCCCUUCGCGACUCUGAACCCUUUUGCCAAUGGAGGAGGGCUCAGCUAGGGCCGGCAGCAGACCUCUCUGAUGAGUUGACUGUUGUUGCUGUCUAUGCUAACUGUUCAGAUGAGCGUUUGCAGCCUUCCACGGAGAAGUGUAGGUGUGGCAGCUUCUGUUUCAUUUUGUUA